AUGCGGAUGGGAGGACACGGGGACGCGAGGAACGUGGUGAUGCGCAUGUGGGCACACGGGAACACGGGGACAGGGUGUCACGGGACACUUCCCAAUGUCAGGAUGCUCGGACCGGGCACUUUUACCCCCAUCCUCACCCUCUGGAGCGCCCUCGGGGGUCUCCGAGCCCCCCAACCCCCGUUUGGGCACCCCCAGACCGGGUUCCGCCUCUCCCGGUCCCUCCCGGCCCCGCUGUGGUGGCUGCUGGGCUCGCUGGUGGCCGCGGUGGCGGGGGGGGGGUCGGUGGAGCAGCCCCCGGCCCCCGAGCCCGCCUGCCCCGUGUGCCUGUGGCGGCGGCAGAGCAAAGAGCUGCGCCUGGAGAGCAUCAAGUCGCAGAUCCUGAGCAAGCUGCGGCUGAAGGAAGCGCCCAACAUCACCCGGGAGGUGGUGAAGCAGCUGCUGCCCAAGGCCCCCCCGCUGCAGCAGCUCCUGGACCUCCACGACUUCCAGGGGGACUCGCUGCAGCACGACGAGUACCUGGAGGAGGACGAGUACCACGCCACCACCGAGACCGUCAUCAGCAUGGCCCAGGAAACCGACCCGGUGGUGCAGAUCGAGGGCAACCCGCACUGCUGCUUCUUCAACUUCAGCCCCAAGAUCAUGUUCACCAAGGUGGUGAAGGCGCAGCUGUGGGUGUACCUGCGGCCGGUGCAGCACACCUCCACCGUGUACCUGCAGAUCCUGCGCCUCAAGCCCGUCACGGACGAGGGCAGCCGCCACAUCCGCAUCCGCUCGCUCAAGAUCGAGCUCAACUCGCGCGCCGGCCACUGGCAGAGCAUCGACUUCAAGCACGUCCUGCAGAACUGGUUCAAGCAGCCCCACAACAACUGGGGCAUCGAGAUCAACGCCUUCGACCCCAACGGCAAACGACCUGCCGUCACCUCGCUGGGGCCCGGCGCUGAGGGGCUGCACCCGUUCAUGGAGCUGCGCGUCCUGGAGAACAACAAGCGCUCCCGGCGGAACCUGGGGCUGGACUGCGACGAGCACUCGACGGAGUCGCGCUGCUGCCGCUACCCGCUCACCGUGGACUUCGAGGCGUUCGGCUGGGACUGGAUCAUCGCCCCCAAGCGCUACAAGGCCAACUACUGCUCGGGCCAGUGCGAGUACAUGUUCAUGCAGAAGUACCCGCACACGCACCUGGUGCAGCAGGCCAACCCGCGCGGCUCGGCCGGGCCCUGCUGCACGCCCACCAAGAUGUCCCCCAUCAACAUGCUCUACUUCAACGACAAGCAGCAGAUCAUCUACGGCAAGAUCCCCGGCAUGGUGGUGGAUCGCUGCGGCUGCUCCUAG